CUCUCGACUAAUAGAUCAAAGGUGUGAGGCUACCACAAAUUUUACAGUAUCCGUCGACCUCGUGUCAGUUCUCCCCAUCCUUGCGCUUCUACCUGAAGCAGAAGAGUUCAUUUCUCAAAAGCUUCAGUAAUGGGCGUAUAAGAGCUCGAUUUGUUGAGCAACUGAUGGAAACAGUGCUUUUAGCAUUUCUCUUAUGAGGAAUAUAUAUAUGUAUCUCUCAUUUUGUGGGAAGAAGAAGUGCUUCAACAUUUCUGCCUGAAACCGAGCUCGGAACCGUUUCAGGAAUCGAUGGGGCAAGGUGAUGAGAGUAAUGGUACAGAUCCGAAAGAUCGCGCACAGUCUGUUAUUGAUGUAGCACCUCUCCGUUCUGUGCCCUACACUGGUCCUCUCCCAACAUAUGGUCCUGUGGAGGGUUGUAAAACAUCCUCGACCUCAUCUGAAAAUGAUGAAUCUUCAGAGAAUGCCAGCACUCAACCCGCAAUGGUUUAUUUUACUGAUCUUUUGACUCCCGAAGAGAAGACCAGUCUUUUUGCUGCGGCCAGUGCUAAAGCAGGGAGUUUGAUUACUGGAACUGCUCUAAUGGGGAAAGUAGGACACCCUAUAGGAGCUGUUGAUAUUCUAGAGUCUGAUACCAAGUAUUUGUUCCGUGUCUCACUCCCUGGUGUUUCGGCGGAUGCAGAAGACCUUCACUGUAACAUCGAACCUAAUGGGAAGGUAGAUAUAAGGGGCAUAACAUUGACUGGAGUGCGAGCUAUUUACAAACAUAACAUGGUCUUUAAGAUGAACACAUCAAAUCUAUGCCCUCCUGGGAAGUUCACCAUUUCAUUUCAGCUUCCUGGGCCAACUGGAAAGCAACAGACAAUAUCAUUUGGAACUGAUGGGAUUCUAGAAGCAACUGUGGAGAAAAAACGACAGCGUAGCAAUUCUUGAUCGGGACAGGCUUAUCUUUUGGAUUGAGAGAUUUCUCCUUUGGCCUCAACAAAGAAAUAAAUGGUUGGCAAUAGCGUUAUGCAGAGAAAAGCAUUCCAGAAUCCAGAUGCUUGUUUUCCUUCUGGUCACCGUCUCUAGUUGUCUAAAUGUGUGAAUAUAUUCCGUUCUUAACCUGUUUGUAAUUUAUUUUGUGAACAAUCAUUGUAACGUUAGAUCAAUAUUCGGUGAUGUUAUGAUAUCCCCAUUUUGUUGUAGAACGAGGAAUUGUACUUGAUGAUGAUAUAAUGUGAAAAAAAACUUAUGGCGAUUCAUCAUGCUCUCUUGCAUUCAUCAUCGUUUUCUAAAAGCAAAUGAAAAAAAAAUCUUU